GCGAGAAGCUGCUGCCGGAGUGAAGAAAGGAAGGGAGGCUAUGAAGUGAGACAUAGAGAGAGCUAUGGCAGCGAUGGAGGAGGGAGAGCGGGAGGAGCAAUGGCGCAAUGGACGAGCAAAUGUAGAGGAGGAAGAAGAGGAGUAGGAUCCCACCAAAGGGAGAGCCAUGUGCUGCGCGAAGUUGCGCCUGACUUCUCUUCCUCCGAUCCCGCCGGAAUCGCAGGAUGGAGACUACCCCGGUGCCUAAUCUCCAGGCUUUCUCUUCGCAAUCCAGGUGACUCGAGUGCUGCAGAAAAUAGCAUUUUGCUUGGGAUUGCCCCGCGCAGCUCAUGGACGCAUUCCCCGCUCCCCACCAGAGCAGAUCCAUUGCGCAGGUGGGGAUUCAUUGGGGAUUUCCAAGUGGAGGAGAACGGUUUUGGGGUGUGUCUCGGCUGGCGUUUCGAACCAGGUGAUUGCGCUGUGUUUCUGCUCGUGCGAGUGAAUGCAGAACAGGAAGAAAGGCGCUGGAUCUUUCAGGGGUGUCGGUUGUCGAUCGGGUGGUGUUGAUAGACGAAGGGAAGUAUGUGGGAGUGUAGGUACUGAUGUGGAGCGACGGCGAGUGAGGAAAGUGUUGGAACGAUCGGAGAAAGAGUGGGGGCAAAAUGAAGGUGGAGCGGUAUAGAGAACUGGAUUUGUAGGGUAGAGUCCAGAUGAAGUUCACCAGUGCGAGUGAGCGAGGUCCUUACAGCAGAUCCAAGCAUGGCUCCUUCCGCGAAGAGUUCAACGUGGAGGCACAUUCGAAGAGAAAGAAGUGGAAGAAAUGUUGCUGUCGGACGAUCGUUUGUUUCGUGUUCUUCCUUCUACUGCUGUGUGUCAUCGGUAUUAUUAUAUACCACGUCGUGAAACCAAAAUAUCCCUCCGUGGAGAUGAGCAAUAUAUCCAUAACUGCUCUUAAGGUGGGGCGCAAGCGUCACGGUUUGCUCUUCAAGGCACUCUUAUCCAUGAACAUGACGGCCAAUCUGACAGCCAUAAACCCUAAUCACUUUCGAAUCAUGUAUAGUCCCACACAGGCGAAUGUGACUUACAAGGAUAUGUUCAUUGGUAACUCCACAGUCCCAGCCAUUGAUCAGCCCGCUUUCAGCAAUCACACCAUGAAAGUGCUGCUGGUGAUGGACCGGAUCGACGUAACGCAGGGAACUGGGCUCAGCUUGCUCAAUGACACUGCCAGGAAUGCCGUUCCGUUUACUGUCAUGGGCACCAUCAGAGCCCGUGUGCAUUUCUUGGGCUUUACUUCGUCCGUAUUUAAAGUUGAAUUGAGAUGCAACAUAGUUGUACAUGCAAAAAAACAGACCCUUCUGCAGAAGAACUGCACCACAGUAUAGCAACAAAUUUCUGCAUUGGAGCACAGUUACCAAACCAGGAACAUGAGCUCCUCGUGCCGCAGGAAUUUCUCGCACUUGUAUGACACAUUGGAGGAUAGCUGAAUGAACAUUUAAGGUAGACAAAAUUGCAGGAUUACGUUCGGAGUGAACUAUUUAAAAGCGUUCGGGAGUUAAUCGGUGACGUUCGUAUGAGUAGACGAUGUCAACAGAACUGUAGUCUCAGUGUCGAAAAUGCGUUUUGCACGGGGCAUAUUUCCAUUGAUAACCUUUUACAAUACUGGAAAUGAUGGACGGAUAUCACAAUCUGGCAGCUAUUUGACCAGCAGUGGCAGAAAUUUUUUAACUUCA